GGAGCUUGCUUUCCCGGCAGGCAGCAGCAGCGCCUGGGCCAAGCAGAGCGGAGGCUGUUGCAGUGCCUUGAGAAGCAAUGCCCUGGGCUCCAGCCAACACCAGGAGACAGACGCUUUUCUGGCAGGAGGCGCAGGGCGGGGUGACCUACCGGAUCCCGGCGCUGCUCUACCUCCCCCGCACCCACACCUUCCUGGCCUUUGCUGAGCAGCGCUGCUCCAUCAGGGAUGAGGACGCCAAAUGCCUGGUGCUGCGAAGGGGCUGGAAGCACGGUGCCUCGGUGAAGUGGGGACCCAUCGAAACCCUGACGGCAGCCAUGCUACCAAACCACCGCACCAUGAACCCUUGCCCGGUGUACGAGGAGGACAGCGGGACGGUCUUCCUGUUCUUCAUCUGCGUGAGGCAGCACGUGACAGAGCGGCACCAGAUCUGCACCGGGAGGAACGCUGCUAGGCUGUGCAACGUCGCUAGCAGGGACAGCGGCCGGACCUGGAGCCCGUUGAUGGAUCUGACAGAGCAAGUGAUCGGGGAGGACCUGAAGAAGUGGGCCACCUUUGCAGUGGGGCCAGGCCACGGGGUGCAGCUCAGCUCUGGGCGGCUGGUGAUCCCAGCUUACACCUACUACAUUCACACCCGCUUCUGCGGCAUUCCCGUGUCCUGCUUCACCAAGCCCCACUCCUUGAUCUUCUACAGUGAUGACCGCGGCCAAAAGUGGCAUAAAGGCAAGCUCCUCAAGGGCAAGAGCACAGUGGAGUGUGAAGUGGCCGAGGUGAGAGACAAAGACAGAGGCCCCACACUGCACUGCAAUGCCCGCACCCCGGGCAAGUGCCGGGCGAUUGCGUUCAGCAGAGACCGUGGGGUGGUUUUUGAAAGACCUUCAUGGUGUAAGGAGCUGUGCGAGCCACCUAAUGGGUGCCAGGGCAGUGUGGUGAGCUUCUUCCCAAUGGAAGAGCCUGCUGUGGUGGAUGGUGUGGAAGGGACAGGCCCCGAUGUGGGUGAGAAGACUUGCUUGGCACGCUGCAAGAACACCUCUUCCACCACCUGCCAUGGUGCCACCUCAUGGCUUGUCUACUCCCACCCCACCAGCAGACACAGGAGGGUCAACUUGGGCAUCUACCUCAACAAGACUCCUUUGGAGACGAGAAGCUGGGAAAGGCCUUGGGUCCUCUACCAAGGGCCGUGUGGUUACUCGGACCUGGCCGUGUGCGAGGAGUCACCACCUCUGUUCGGCUGCUUGUUCGAGUGUGGGGUGGACUUCCCGUGUGAGCAGAUUGUGUUUCAGCUCUUCACCCAACAGGAGCUGGAGAGCCACGGGGGCUCUUCUUCCUCCGAGCAGCAGCCACAGACAAAGAUGGAUGUUGAGCAGAUGGGGCAGUAUCCCAGGCAGGAAGGAUCACCUAAAGCUCUUCAUCUCGGUGCCAUGGGAGGGCAUUGAAACUAUGAAGCCUGCUCGUCCAGAAUCGAUCUCCUGGAGCACCUAGGGACAGGUUUCAGGGGAACUGAGCCUCCGCACUUCACAUGCACCUAUGGGUGCUCAGCCCUUCCGCCCCUGGAGGUGACCAGUUAGGUUCCCACCGAUCCCAGCCUGAUUUGCUACCGAUACCACUGCCGGGAGCCUCCAGACCAGCUUUCUUUGCAAGGUGGUUCAUUUUGGACCCUCACAGGGCUGUUCUCCGGGUGCCAGGUUAUGUGUAGACCGUUUGGUUUGAAAAUCCACUGAAAGCACCAGAUUCUCAGCGGGUGUAAAGUGCAUAGCCCCGUCACCUUUAAUGGGGCUGGUUUACAGCCGUCCAGGAUCAGGGCCUGGGUUGCCCAGUCCACAGUCCAGAGUCAACCCUUGAUCUGCGUGCUGGGACUGGCAGCCCGGAUGGUGUGGCCUGUCACCCUGGGACACCCCCAUCCAUUAAGAACCAUGCUGUGUCCAAAGAGAGCUUGCUUGGAGAAGGGAAGAAAGGCAACGAAAAGGAGUAUCUGCAGAAAAGCAGCACCGUAUAUGAUCCAAGGCACCUGCUGUCUGCAGUGGGGGGGCUUGCUAGCAUCUCCCACCACUUUGCUCGGGCCUGCUUUCCUGCAGUCCCUCUCCAGUAUUUGGCAAGUGCUCUGGAGAUGGAGGAUGCAUAACGAUGAGGGCCAAACUGCCGCACUUCUCUGCCUCUGAGCCUCAUCUUUGCAAUGUAGCGAUUCAUCCCCUUUUCACCCUUCCUUGGCCAAGACUCGCAAGCCCAGGGACCAUUUUCCGUGUGAAUGUAUACACAGCACAUAGCACAAUGAGGCCUUGAUAGGGGUUGGGAUCCCUGGGCCAUGGGAAGUGGUCUGCCUAGCACCAGGCCACAUAUGCUUUCAUAGUGUUUUGAGUUAGAAGUUGGCUGAUGACGAUGCCUGGUUUUGCUAAGAGUGGCCCUUCAAUCCCCAAACCUCUGGAAACACUACACAAAGCAGUAAUUGUUUCAAAUGUUCUUUAGUCUGUAACAUUUCCUCUGGUGCACACUUCAAGAGCCCAGGACGCCAGAAUCCUGGUUAAAUAGCUUAAAGUUUUUUUUCUUUUUAAGCACUGAAGCAUUCUUAGCUCUGCAGACUAACUCGAAUAUCACCGGCCUUUGUUUCACAGGCUUUUAGCUUGUUGUUUGUAGUAUCAUUUACCCACACAGUCCUGACCCCUGGACCCAUGAUCACAUACCACACUUGCAUACUCGAUGCACCUUCCCCCCGAAAAAAUCAACCCUCCAAAAUGACCUGGACUAGCUCCACCGUCCAAAAUGACCUGCACGCCAAGGUCCCUUCCAACCCUAGUUUUCUGUGAAAAUGAAGGGUUGUGUCUUAAGUGGGGAAGCCGGUUUUUCUUUGCUGGAAUAGAAGCAGGGAAGAAAAGAAGCAAGCAGACACUGUGCUAACAUAGCUUCCACUUAUCCCUGGAAGUGCUGAAGCCAGUGGCCACUGUUAACCCUCUAGCAGCCACUGGUGAGGCUCUAGCACUUGGCUGAAGGGUCACUGAUCUCAGGCAGAGGGUGAGAGCUUCUGCGGGCAGUCUGUAGUAUCCUGAUGAGGCUUGAGGAGUGGAAGCAACACUAUUAUUUACAGGGACUUCUCAAACAAUUUCCAGUAAAGAAAUAACAGUCUUGCUAUUGCAUUGCAAGGGUCGGAGGCCUUGCUUUUUUGCUGUUUUAGGAAGUUCCUGCUGCCUCCCCCAGGCUGUCCCCUGGGAUGCCACGCUUCCUCGAGGCUGUGUUUCCAGGAGGACUUACCCUAUGCCACGCGGUUGACUGUGAAUCUAGAAAAAGCUUUUGGUCUCCAUGCUGCCUUCCAAAAAUGCAGCGCCUGGCUUAUUGGAGGGUGUGUAGUAUGUGCAAUAUUAUGGUAGUUUAAGCAGCAGGAGAGUGUCUCCUUCCCGUAUGGCACAGCCCAUGCUGCCCAGAGGAGAGGGAGCUGCGUUCCCUCCUGGUUCUCAGUCACUCUUGAAUUGCAGCUCUGUACAUCACCUGCUUGCAUAGACUGUUGUAUACGAAACACUUCUGCCAGCGACAUGGCCUACACUGGGUUCACAGAUGCUGUCCUGGAUGCCUCCGUGGUGGAUCACAGCAGCUGUCACCUUUAUUUAGGGACAAGACAGGGAAUACAGGUUUGGUAUCAAGUUUUUCUCCAUACUGCUACUCCAUGAGGCCUCUUUGUAUCCAGGGUUGACCCCAGCUAGGGGUGCCCUGUGCAUGGCUCUGUAUGGACCGUGCUGCGGUUCAUGUCUGUCUCCUUCCCUAAGAUAAGCGUCCUGUUCACUGCAACCUCAAAAAGGAGCACAGCUAGAGAUUUUUUUCACGUCUUUCCCAUAAAGGAGGCCCCAUGCAAAGCCUUUUGGAGAAGACUCCCCCGGCAUGGAUGGGCUGUGGAUGUGACCCACGGGGCUUUGCAGUCUCAGGACAACUUGCUUCAGAAGGAAGGCUCUGUAUCAGUUUGAAUGCAUCUUCCUGCACACACACACACAAAAAGACUGCUUGGGAUUGUUAUACAGGGAGAAACAACAAGCCUGCUGUACGGUACAAAAUUGUCCUUGCGGUGCCAGGCUGCACAGAAAUAGGUAUGAAUAAAACUUGUUUCUGAUAACUGAA